AUGGUGUCACAUGCGCCUAACAAAGUCUCACACGCCGCCUCGAACUCGCGCUCAUCGCAAGCAUCCACGUCGCAGUCCAACACGCCGGGCCACGCAAAGAAGUCGUCGAGCUCCUCCAACCACAAUGGCCAGCCACGUGAACGCGAACAGCGCCCGAGUCGGGAAGGCACCGCCCAGAAGGCCGCCCAGGACGUGGCCGGUCUCAAGGACUUUCAGCUGGGAGACUGUCUGGGCAAGGGCGCCUUUGGCAGCGUGUACCGGGCGCUGAAUUGGGGCACGGGAGAGACGGUCGCCAUCAAGCAGGUCCGCCUGGAAAACUUGGGCGCAGCGGACCUCAAGAACAUGGAGAUGGAGAUUGACCUGCUCAAGAACCUGAACCACCCAAACAUUGUCAAGUACAACGGCUUUGUGAGGAGCUCAGAGAGCCUGUACAUCAUACUGGAAUACUGCGAAAACGGGUCGUUGCACAGCAUUUGCAAGAACUUCGGCAAGUUCCCGGAAAACCUCGUCGCUCUCUACAUGUCCCAGGCCCUUCAUGGUCUUCUCUACCUCCACGAGCAAGGUGUAAUACACAGGGAUAUCAAGGGCGCAAAUAUCUUGACUACAAAGGAGGGACUCGUCAAGCUGGCAGACUUUGGUGUUGCUACGAAGCAGUCAGGUCUGGACCAAUCGAGCGUCGUUGGAACACCGUAUUGGAUGGCUCCGGAGGUCAUUGAGCUAUCUGGAGCUACCACGUCCUCGGACAUCUGGAGUUUGGGCUGUACUGUCAUCGAACUGAUCGAAGGAAAGCCGCCAUAUCACAAGCUGCAGCCCAUGCAAGCGCUGUUUAGGAUUGUCAAUGACGAACACCCACCAAUCCCGGGUAGUGCAUCUCCGCUCCUGCGCGAGUUCCUCAUGGAAUGCUUCCAGAAGAACCCUACGCUUCGCAUAUCCGCCAAACGUCUGCUCAAGCACCCCUGGAUCAUGAGCGCCAAGCGGACCGUUCCCGCAGUCCCCACCAAGCCCACCGAAUAUCAGGAAGCUGUGAAGUCCGUGCAGGAGUGGAAUGAGGCUCUCAGGUCCCCUAAUUCACUUCGGCGGAGUUCUCGCGUGGCAGCGGGUGCACCGAAAAAUAGUCCCACCCCGGCAAACGGCCCUGCAGCGGCACCUCGCAAAAACCCUGUCAACGUCAAUCUUAAUAUCCCCAAACACAGACCCACCGCCGAAUCGUUUCGUUCGCCUGAGCUUGAUCACGACGACAAUUGGGAUGACGACUUUGCUGAAAGCAUCUCUCCUCGCGCACUUCAGAUGCCGCACCUAAAGCCUCAUGACAACUUUGGUGGCUUGUUUUCAAGCGACAGGUUGAAGGCUUUCGCGAGUUUUGAAAGUGUUGCAGAACAGGCAGAGUAUGGAGACGGUGAAGCCACGGUGAAGAGCCCACUGAAUUUGCAGCACUUCCAGAAAACACCACAAGGCUUUGCAACGAAAGCGUCGGGAAGUGCAAAAGCCAAUGACGCCAAGGCACGGGCGACAGUCCUUCCUUCAAGAUCCACAUCAAAUGCCUCGGAAAUCGAAGAAAGACAAGACAUUCAACCAAAGACAGCGUAUCUCCGUGGCAUUCCCAAAGCAGCGCAAAUUCCCAAGACAAAAGUGGCUGCUCUGGCCCGACCUAGUCAGCUGUUCCGCGAAGACUCUAUCGAAGACUAUUCGGAUUUGAUGCCAACAGACGAGGAUGCAUUCGAGCGGAGACUCGCUGCAAUGCAGUAUACACAACCAGCGCUGGCACAGUCCCAACAACUCUCGAGAGCAGCUUCUGGUUCUCCGUCAGAGUCGUUUUCACCCCGCCUGUUCCAUCCGAGUGAUUUGAAAGCGCCGCCGAAGGCAACGCGCGAUGCCAGGUCGAGCGGUAACGUCCGACAACGCUCAGCGAGUUCGACCUCGACUCGUAAAUUGCAGAGGACGCAAUCGGAAAUCGAGAUUCAAAAGUACGCCGAGGACGAGGGCGACGAUUUCUCAGAUGUUUUCGGUGACAUCAGACAUCCCCACGUUGUCACUAGUCGAGCCGAGAGCGAUAGUGGUAGUGAACAUAGCAGCCUUGCCAUGAUCACAUCGAAGAUGGCCAGCUCAUUUGUCAUUGCGGAUGAAGAUGACAUGGACCCGUUCGCCAACCUUGAUGAAGGCUUGGAUAACCUUAAUUUGGAGAACAAUGUUGCUCGAGACCGCGAUGAUCGACUGACAAAGAUGACCGAGAACCUUGUCGGGUGCUUAAAGACCAGCCAGCCGGACGAUGUACUUCUAGAUAUUGCCGAUCAGCUACUACAAGUACUGUACGAGUCACCGGACAAGCGUUCAGUCAUAUUACGCAGCCAUGGUAUGUUGCCAAUUCUUGAGAUCCUAGGAACUAAACCACCGAACGACGUCGUAUUACCUCUACUCAAAAUUAUCAACCUCAUCAUUCUUGAAGACUCAGAAGCACAAGAAAGCUUGUCGUUUCUGGGAGGUAUAUCAACUAUUUCUGCUUUUGCCUACAAGAAGUACCCCAGCGACAUCCGCAAGGAGGCUGCCGCUUUCGUACGGCAGAUGUACCAAACAAGCACACUCACACUACAGAUGUUCAUCGGCUGUGGUGGAAUCGAUGUUCUGGUGGAGUUUCUUGAAGAAGACAUUGAUGCUGAACGCGACCUCGUUCUUAUCGGGGUCAAUGGUGUAUAUGGUGUGUUCGAGCUACAAGGACCAACACCCAAGAACGACUUUUGUCGCAUCUUCUCGAGAUCGAGUGUUUUGUAUCCACUCAGUUUGGUCCUUAACAGAAUGGUGGAGGAAGACGGAGAGGUUGCGAAGCUCAUUGUUGGACGCAUCGUGCACAUAUUCCUCACAUUCUCACAGGCAGAAAGCCACGUGAAGGACCUUGUGGCGGAUCGUAUGAUUCUGAAACGUGUUCUCAAAGAUCUUCGAAAGAUGUCUCCGCCCCAUCAGAUAACCAUGCUCAAAUUCAUCAAAAACCUAAGCUCGCUUUCCUCGACCCACGAAGCGCUCCAGAACUCCAACGCCAUUGACAUCCUAAUCGAACUACUAAAGUCCACACGCCAGAAGGACGCAAUGACCCGCAACAUGAACCGAUCCGCAUCCGACCCUGCACGACUACCACCUUUCCAUCGUGAAAUAUCGAACCAGAUCCUCAACACCAUGUACAAUCUGUGCCGCCACAACAAGAGCAGACAGGAAGAGGCGGCACUUUCAGACAUCAUACCCUUAUUGAAGGAUGUGGUGCGUGAAGGCGGUCCAUUGAAGGAGUUCGCUCUACCAGUACUGCUUGAGAUGGUCAAUUCGGGCAAGGUUGCUCGUAAGAUGCUGUGGGACGCUAAAGGUCUUGCAUUCUAUGUGUCGUUGUUGCAUGACCGCAAUUGGGCGGUGACGGCCCUGGAUGCUAUCUUUGUAUGGCUCCAGGAAGAGACCGCCCGUGUUGAGCAAUACCUUCUCUCAUCACAAACCAACUUCACGACCGCAAUCAUCUCCGCUUACACUUCGGCGGAGCUUUCUCAAUCAACAUUUGAGAACAUGCUCGAACCACUUCAAAAGCUGGUUCGUCUAUCUCCGCCGAUCGCUGCGUCACUUGCAGCACCGGAAAUAUUCCAACGGACCGAGCAAAGGCUUGGUCAUAAGGACGCUGUUACACGUCUGAAUCUCCUCCGUAUCCUGCGCACCAUUUGCGAUGCGAAGGAUGAAGGGUGCUGGCUCAUUCGGGCCUUCGGCUGCUACGAGCGUAUUAAUUGGCUCGUGGAGCACGAUGGUGCCGUCCUAGUACGGCAAAUGGCAGAAGAGCUUGUGCGUGCUUGUGAUGAAGUCGAUCUCAACAGCAUCGGUACCGGCUCAACCGGUAAGCGCAGCUUAUCCCGUGCUUCGGGCGUCGGUAUGAAUCUCAGGCGACCUGCCUCAUCUGCGGGCCGUCGGGAUGGCUCUGGCUCAAGUUCAGGAUCGACUCUCGUGAGCUCAGUCAUGGGUCUAACGCCCCCAACACCCAACAGCCUGAAGGGCUCCUUCACUAUCCCGAUCAUGUCGGGAACGCCUACGCAUGCAGGCAGCGGUAGAGAUCGCAUCGCACGAAGCCAAUCCGCAACAAUGUGGGAUCUCGCCGAGGACCCAACCGCGCCAGCAUCAUCUGGCCGCACAAAACAACCACCAGUCCUUGCCCGCUCCUCGACUUCCUUCGCCGCGCUAGGUCCAUCAGGUACACCGACAUCAACUCGUCAAUCUUCGCGCCCGCCAUCUCGCGACGCAGCAUCGUCUCUUGCGCGUAUUGAUGCGAGCAACCGUCCUCCGACGAGCUCUUCCCGCCUCCCCAAAGCCCGCCAAGGUCGACUCAGCGAAGCAGUCUCUCGCCGCCGUCAAAGCAACGUCAACGUCAGCGGCGAGAACGACGCCCCCGUCGCCAACGCCCCUCCUCUUCCACGCCUGCAAAUUGUCCGCAGGCGCAGAGAGACAAGCGGUGGCGAGCUUAGUACAGCCGGCCGCAAGGAGUAG